AAAUACUUUCAUUGUGUCAUCGCCGGCCGCCAGGCAACUACUCUCUCUCUCUCUAUAUAUCCUACAAAUACAAUCCACAGAUGUUCAUCGCACUGGAUUAUUUUAGAAGACGCACGCACGCGCACACAAACACGAGAUGUGCACGUUAGAAAAAAGAGGUAAAGUCUUUAUCCUUACGUUAACAGGAGAAGGGGAUGAACACCGGCUAAAUCCCACGCUUGUCGAUGCAAUCCAUUCAGCUAUACGCCGAGUCCGAGCCGAGUGCGUCUCCGCCGAAUCUUCGGCUCUAAUCACCACCGCCCAAGGCAAGUUCUUCUCCAACGGCUAUGAUCUCGCCUGGGCCGGAUCCUCCCAAGCCCGCAAGGAACUAAUGGUUUCGAAAUUCAACUCACUCGUAGCCGAUCUCAUAUCGCUCCCUAUGCCCACCAUCGCGGCCGUCUCGGGCCACGCCUCGGCCGCCGGCUUCAUGCUUGCUCUGAGCCACGACUACGUCAUCAUGCGAAAGGACAGAGGCUUCCUUUACAUGAGCGAGGUCGAUAUUGGUCUGGUGAUUCCGGCUUGGUUCAUUGCUCUGAUCGAGUGCAAGAUCGGCGAUCCGCUGGCUCGGCGCGACGUGGUUCUCAAAGGGGCUAAGGUGACGGCUAAAGAAGCCGUGGAGAAGGGAAUUAUCGACUCGGCGCACGAUGGCGCGGCGGAGACGGUUAGCGCUGCUAUGAGGUUAGGGGAACAGUUGGUGGGAAGGGGAUGGGACGGACACGUGUACGCUCAGAUUCGCAUGAAAUUGUUGGCUCGGGUCUUGGAUGAGAUUGGUGCAGGUAGCACUCGAUCGCGAAUGUAGGUCCCUCAUACAGUCAUAUGACUCAUAAUAUGAGAUCUAUUUUUAUGUUUGGAGCGCUUUGUUUAAAAAACAAAAGACAUAAAAUAAAUUUUUUUAACGUACGUGGUGUAGUUUCCUUGCUGAAAGUUUAUGAUGUUAUAAUUGAUUGC